AGACGGCAUUGAGGGGAGGGGAAAAAAUACACUCACUCACUCCAACCCCACCGCGUCUGUGAGAGACACAUCUUGACAUUGUGAGGAAGAUGCAUGUCUACAUCCGAGGAGCAUCAUCUCUCAGGACAGGACAAUAGCUCCUAAACCUGCUGAUAUAAAUACAUGCCAAGGACUACAUGCACACAGCACAGAGCAGCAAGCCCAAAGGGGAGGACAGCAGCUGCAUUUUAGAGGGUAAUUUUCUGGUUUGUUUAAUUGCUGAGGACCUUAAAGAGAACCUAUCCAGCACUGUGGGUUGAACCACUCAACCCCUAAAAGCUGCAUUUUGGGAUUCUUCUUCUCUCUGUACACGGACAUCCACACGUACAUCUCUGCUGAAAGGAAGCUCCUGAGAGACUGAGAGGUUAUAGGCUCCGUGCUCUGUGCACAGCAGCGGAAAAAACUGCUUCAUAGUCUGAGUGAGUCUGAGCCAUGAGUGAAGCAAAGAAAGGUGAGCUAGCCAUUCGGGAUAAAGCCAUUCUGCACCAGCAGAGGCGUCUGAAGCAGGCCACCCAGUUCACACACAAGGACUCAGCUGACCUCCUGCCCCUGGAUGGGCUGAAGAGACUGGGCACAUCCAAAGACUUGCAACCACACAGCAUUGUCCAACGCCGCCUUCUGGAAGGUAAUAUCACACGGCUGAGAGGGGAGGCCCGGGACCCCAGCACCAGGGUUCGCUCCCCACUGGCUGACACUAAAGAUGGACCCACUGACCCAGAGGAGAAGAGCGAGAGCACAGCUGAUGACUCCACAGAGGAGAGGGAAUCUCUAGAGGAAAGCGAGAGAAGCCUACGGUCAGAUGAGGAGGAUGACAGCAGUGAAGCCGGGGCCAGACAGACAGCUGAGAAAAGCGAGGCCGUGGAGAGCUCGACCCCGCUCACAGCUCUGCUCAUUCAGUGCAAGUGCUGUGAGACUGAAGUUAGGGCAUCCAUCAACACUGGCAGCCAACAUAACCACAUCUCCAGCUCCUGCUGCCAGAGACUGGGACUGGUACCCAGUCAGGACAGUUCACCAUGUGGUGCCACCAGCUCAGUGACAGGUCUACAGCUGCAGCUGGGAACACAGACAGUCCAGUGUUCAGCCUAUGUCAAGGAGGAUGAGGCGUUUGAGCUGUGCCUGGGUCUUCAGACUCUGCUGGAUCUUAAAUGCUGCUUGGAUCUGAACAGUCGGGUCCUGAAGCUGACAGGUUGUGGAGAGGAGCUGUCCUUCCUGAACCCACCGGCUGAGAGCCAGUGCCAACAUGACACAAAUGAAAACCUGUGAGCCUGACAGGAUGGUGGAGACCACUUCCUCGCACCUUGACUGGGUGUCGAUGUGCGGUGCGAAGCCAUUUGUGUCUGGACUGUCUGAUCGCAGCGUCGCACAUUGCCAGAACAUGGAUGAGCAUUCGCCACCACCGUUCUCUUGAGUUUACACCAUUGUAUUUGUAGAAGUAUGAAAUGAUUAUCUUUAUGUUCAAUUAGUCUAGUUUACAGAGCAGAUAAAAGACCGUUUGGAGCAAAUCUGAUCUCUGUGAAUCUGAUAAAUCUUCAGAAAUCUGUUGUAUACUGUUUGAUUGGGCUGAAAACCAAGAUGGUCAAAUGUUACCUUAAAUCAACUAAUGACAAAAGCUUUAAUAGCUUCUUGAUUUGUAAAUUUUAUUUCACAGUUCUUGUCCUUUCCAGGUAUUUUAUGGAAACUCUACUAAAUGAGUUGAUGUUGAAAUGCUAAUUAAAAAGAUCCCAUACAAAUUGGUGAAAAGUUGCAACCAGUGUCCACACAUAAUAUUUUGUAUACUGGUUGAAACACACAUCCACUUGUUAACUGUAUUAAAAUACUUUAGUUUGGAGCGUCAGACUCAGAUGAUGAUUGACAAACAAUAUACAGCAUAAAUGUCACUUAGAUACACAUUUACCAAGGCUAUUUAUGUGACAGCUAAAUGUCACAAGUAAAUAAAAGUUUUUGUUAAUCUUAAAAGUCAAAUAUAACAAUCAUUUUGGUGUUGCAAAUUUUCUUGUCAUUAACACCUGCAGUACGUAACAGUGAAUCUUAAAGAAUUUAUUGGAUAAGUUUGCUGGAAAUUACUUGAAAAAAGCAGACUCAUGAAAUAUAGUUUAUUUCAGUUCAGAUGUUUUUAAGAAUCAGCAUGAGUCACAAAUCCAGCUGGAACUCAGGACGCCUAUUUGAGUGUGCUUUAAGGAAAUAUAGAAGUUUUCUGAAGUCUUGUGUAAUUUGGUAUGAAUUAGCCUACCUCCUUGAGAGACAAAAUCACAUCUAGAAAUAAAAAAUAUCUGAGGAAAAUACCCUGCUUUUUGAAGUAUGUAUUUGCAGCUUUGUAAAACCCUUUUACUCUUUUUUUCCCCCCUCAUCAAAAGACUGCUGCGGUUAGGUUUUCCAGCACUGUCAGUCAGUCAGUCACAAUGACCUGGACUAAAUUAGUUUCUUACAAAUCCCCUCUAAUUCAAAAUAGACUUCAGGCCAGCCAAAUCUAUUUGAGUCAGACUCAGCUACAGAAAUAUCAAAACAUUCCAUCUGCAUGACUUUGUAAAGUUCUGCCUUUGUAUAAGUCUGCAUGUUUGUGUACUAGUCUGAUUGUGUCACGUUAAAGGGGCUGUAUGUGUGUGAAUCUGUGUGUGUCACCAAUCAAAUGAGACUUUUCCAUUACAGGAGCUUAUCGAUCCAUUAGCUGGAGCUUCCCAUAACCUGAGCCUAUUAGAACUGGUAUGGCAUUCAUUAGUUUUUACAACAAUAUAU